AAAACUCGAUAGCUGACCCUCACCGGUAUCAGUGCACAAUUUGAACUUGGAAGUGAGGUCCUGUGUUGUGUGACGUUGGGAAGUUCGGAAUUCAAAAAUUAAAAAAAUAUAUCAUGCGGUGUCACCAAUCUAGCUUUGUGCCGGUGUUAUACGUGUUGAUAAAUAUUCUACUACCAACACAGCCACAAAACAUCGACCCGAUCUCAUCGUUCAUGAAAUUUGUUCAAGAAGGCACGAAUCAUCUCGACAACGAGCCACCUGAUGUAUUUAAUCUAGAAACUGAAUAUGACUUCAUAGUGGUUGGCGCCGGCACCGCUGGUUGUGUUCUUGCUAAUCGCCUAAGCGAAGUACCCCAAUGGAAAGUCUUACUCGUUGAAGCUGGAGUCAACGAAAAUUUCGUAAUGGACAUCCCUAUAGUAGCUAACUAUCUACAAUUUACAUCAGCAAAUUGGAAAUACAAAACGAAGCCGUCCAACAAAUAUUGUGCUGGCUUCGAAAACCAACAAUGCAAUUGGCCGCGAGGAAAAGUCGUCGGAGGAUCAAGCGUUUUGAAUUAUAUGAUUUACACAAGAGGAACCAAACCUGACUAUGACGCCUGGGAAGCUAUGGGUAAUGAAGGGUGGGGAUGGGACGAUGUUCUACCAUAUUUUAAGAAAAUAGAAAAUUUCAACAUUCCCAAAUUUGAAAACCCUCAGUACCACGGACACGAUGGCUAUCUAAAUAUAGAACAUGCUCCCUUCCGUAGUUCAAAAUCUAAAGCUUGGGUAAAAGCUGCAAAAGAAUUUGGUUUUACAUACGGGGAUCACAAUGGACCCAACCCAUCGGGUGUUUCUUUUUUACAAUUAUCAAUGAAAAACGGGACGAGACAUAGCUCUAGCAGAGCAUACUUACAUCCAAUUAAAGGACGACCAAAUCUUCACUUAACUAAAGGAAGCAUGGUUACAAAACUUAUCUUCGAUGAUACUUUGACCGAAGUUGUAGGCGUAGAGUUAGAAAAACACAAUAGAAAAUAUAAAAUACUAGCCAGUAAAGAGGUUAUAGUAUCAGCAGGAGCAAUAAACUCUCCUCAGCUUCUGAUGCUGUCAGGCAUAGGACCAAGAGCUCAUCUUGAAUCGAUGAAGAUACCAGUUGUUAGAGAUUUACCUGUAGGUUACAACUUGAUGGAUCAUAUCGCUGCUGGCGGACUACAAUUUGUAGUUAAAACCCAGAAUAUUACCGUAAGAACAGAAUAUAUCAUUAAUCAUUUAGAAUUUGUUUUUAAAUGGAUGAAAACACAUAAGGGGCCGCUAUCCCUUCCAGGUGGCUGUGAAGCCCUUGUGUUUAUGGACUUAAAAGACAAAUUCAACUCUACAGGGUGGCCUGAUAUGGAAUUAUUAUUAAUUGGUGGUGGUUUAAAUUCUGAUCCCAUGUUACCUCGUAAUUUUGGCUUUGAUGAGCAAAUUUAUGCCGAAACCUACGGGCCGUUAGGACGAGCUGAUACUUUCAUGGUCUUUCCUAUGUUAAUGAGACCAAAAUCAAAAGGCCGAGUAAAGUUGCAAAGUAGAAAUCCGAAAGUACAUCCAACUUUAAUACCAAAUUACUUUGAUAAUCCGGAAGACUUGGAAAAAAUUGUUGAAGGUAUCAAAACGGCCAUUCAAAUAGCUAGACAACCUGCUUUGAGAAAACUCGGCACUAAAUUAUACGAUGUGCCCAUAGAAAACUGUUUAGAAUAUGGGCCAUUUGGAAGCGACGCGUAUUUUGCAUGUCAAGCUCAGAUGUUUACUUUUACAAUUUACCACCAAAGUGGAACUUGUAAAAUGGGUCUAAAAGAUGAUCCUACAGCGGUUGUAGAUCCAAGGUUAAGAGUCCAUGGUAUCGAACGACUGAGAGUCAUAGAUGCUAGUAUUAUGCCCGAAAUAGUUUCAAGUCAUACAAAUGCGCCAGUUUACAUGAUUGCUGAAAAAGGUGCAGAUAUGAUUAAGCAAGAUUGGGGUCAACUGUAAUAGCUUUAAUUAGAAAAUAAUCUAGGUUAAAUUGAAGCAAAUCUGUGAUUUAAAUUAUAAUCCUAAUCCAAGAAUAUUCUUAAUUUAUUUGAGAACUAUUCAAGAACUAAGUAGGUACUUAAAUGGUAAACUUAUUAAAUAAUUAUUUAUUAA